UUUUUUUUUUUUUUUAAGUUUUUAAAGUUUUUUUCAAAUAUUUUAUCGCGUUAAUCGCGGCCGCAUUAAUCGCAUAGAUUAACGCGUUAACGCUGACAGCCCUAAUAUAUAUAGAGUGCAAAGUCGUAGCUAGUUAGAGGCUCCUCACUUACUUCCUGCAAUUUAUGCAGCUUUAGCAUGUAUUAUGUUAAAGUUUGACUUGACCGGAGUAAACAGGCUAUCACAGUGUGAGAUACACGUGAGUGUGAGAUACAAUGUUUGAGGCGGUAUUCUUCUCGGUAAAUACGAGAACAUCCGAAGUCAAAAAGCAUUCGACGAGGAUGGGAUUCGAACCCACGCGUGCAGAGCACAAUGGAUUAGCAGUCCAUCGCCUUAACCACUCGGCCACCUCGUCUUCUUCUCUGUUCCAAAAUGCAUACUUUAUAACCGAAUUAUAACGUUAUAGUUUACUUCAUGUAUAUGUUUACUUUAAAACACUAACUUUCGUUCACCCAGAUGGAUUAUUUCAUCAUGCAGUCUUAAAUUUAAGUCAUUUUUAAAGAAUCAAAGCCUUGUCGCCAAGCAGGACCCGACAACUUCAGUUAUACAACUCAACUUUGAAUUCUUACAAGGAUGCCGACAGAAAGGCAAAAGCAUGGAGGGCUGUAAGUUUGCAAGUUGAAAUGCCAGAGGAAGACUGCCGAAGAAAAUGGAAAAGCCUGAGAGACAUGUUCAUCAAAGACAAACGUUCUGAGCAGCGGCGGAGAGCAUCAGGAGGCACUCAUCGGAGCUGGAAGUACAGCUGGCAGAUGGCCUUCCUGACCCCCUUCAUCCAGUCGAGAUCCUCUCAGGCCAAUGCGACAAUAGACGAUCCGGACGAUGAACGCGACGAUGAAGACGGGGAGGACGAGAGACCCGCAGAAAGCAAUUCAUCCUUUGUAAUACACGAAAUCGAAGGAGAGCACAGCGGACUAGACGCGUCCUCGCACUACCCCCCUUCAGGUUCACACACAUCUAGUAGGAAAAGGAAAUGGCAGGUAGACGGGGCAGAUGACUUGGAAGAUGAGAUGUUUCUCUUCAGCUUGCUCCCUUACCUUAGACGGCUAUCCUAUGCCAAGAAGAGUGCUGUAAAAUUGAAAAUACACCAAAUAUUAUAUGAAGCAGAGUUUCAGUAGAACUUAUCUUUAAUUUACCUAGUUUUUUUAUACUAAGAAAAAUAUGGUUGUUUCCUCUGUAUUAUUCUGUCAGAAAAUGAACAUGACAACAGUUGCACAACAGAUGUGUUGUGAAUUUUUUUCUGAAUAAAUCCAGCCAACACAUCUGA